UAUCUCUCCCUGCAUCCAAACUCAAGGACCGCAUCACGCCAUUGACAUUUGGUCGCGACGCAAGCGAUCCACCCGCUAAACCUAGCUGGGAAUUCAGAUAAAUGUCACGCGUCGACUGCGCUUAAUUCAAGAUGGCGACAGAAGCGGAAUACGAGUCAAUUUUGAUCGUGAAACCAGAUGUCAACGUUUAUCGCAUUCCGCCGCGGGCUUCCAACCGCGGACAUCGGGCAGCGGACUGGAAGCUGGACGCCCCCGACUGGAGCGGGCGCUUGAGGAUCACGGCCAAAGGGAAAGUGGCAUUCAUCAAGCUGGAAGACAAAGUCUCAGGUGAGCUUUUUGCACAGGCACCAAUCAACGAGUAUCCAGGCAUCGCCUUGGAAACCGUCAGUGACUCAAGCCGCUACUUUGUGCUGAGAAUACAAGAUGAUAAUGCCCGGACUGACGACGUGUCGCCAUCUGUUCCAGGUCGCAGUGCGUUCAUCGGGGUUGGCUUUGGGGACCGGGGAGACGCGUUUGACUUCAACGUGGCUCUGCAGGACCAUUUCAAGUGGGUGAAGACGGAGGAUGAGAUCAGUAAAAAUGCUCAUACCGCAGACACGGGACCCAAACUUGACCUGGGUUUCAAAGAGGGACAAACCAUCACUCUCAAUAUCGGGCAAGGUAAGAAAAGGGAUAAGCCCCGCCCUCAGAGUGCAGGAGGCUUUGGACUCCUCCCACCACCUCCAGGAGGAAAGAUAGCCCCGCCCCCAUCCUCUUCCUCCAAUGACAAUGCACCACCAUCCACAGGAGGAUCACCAACCGAUUGUUUGCUGGACCUGGAUAGCAGUAAUUCGAACACGGUGGCCCAGUCCAAUCCCAGCUCUUCUGAUCUUUGGGGCGACUUCUCCACCCCGGCGACCGCUGUCCCUCAGUCAGCUCCAGAACCCCAGGGCUCCUCCACUAGCUGGGUCCAGUUCUAAGUCCUGUCGUCUCUGUCCCCCCCCCCCUCCCCCCCCCCCCCCGCAUCCAUCGAUCCCAAGUUGCUCCAACCUCAUCUGUUUAUCUCAACUCAGCUCGACUGAUUGAAUUUCAUCUGUUGAGAAGCCCACAGAAGACCCUUACCCACAACCUUCCGCCUCCCAUGACCAUCCGAUCCACCCUGGGAAUCCUCAACCCUUUACAGAAGACCCUCAAACCUUCAGCAGUAAGAGUAAAAGUAGUCUGACCGUUGUCAAUUUCCUUCCUAGCCAGGUCUCUAUGCUAUGCCAUUUCCUCCACAGCAGGAGCUUAACCCCUAUAUUUACUGUAUUUAAGAGUUACCUCUGAGAAAGAGAUAAUUAAAUAAUAAUAUAUAGUGUAAUCUUAUCGAUUGUCUGUUAAAAGGGCAGGGGCAUCAUAUGUCCAUAUAUGUAUAUGUUGACCAAACAAACAUGUGUUGUGAAACAAGAUGGAAGAGCUCAAAGCACAAGUGUACAUGGUACUUUGUUGCUCAUUUAGAUUUCAUGUUUUCUGUGACCAUUUCUUGAGAAAAAAAAAAAGAUUUUAUGUGAGAGUGACCUCUAGUGGUUGGAAGUGUUGACUCAUCAUUAUUCCUUCAAGUGUUUCCACUGUGAUGUCACAACUACUGUAGACAUUUAGUGGGUUUCUUUCGAAUAAAAUAUCAUUGUCCAGUUUCUAUGUAAGAGCAAGAGAAAACACAGGGUGGCAGCUGGACAUUUACACACAUGGAGGAUAUUGUGAAUAUAGAUAGAAUAUAACCAAUGUAACGAUGCUGCUAUCCUGUGAUUUCUUUGGAGGUCUCUAUAAGGUGUCUAUUGGGAAUAUACACGUGUGCACCAGAUAAGAUGUUAGUGGUUUAACCGUGGAAUGAGACAGGCUAAUAUCAGUGCAAUAUCAUGGAUGUUUGUUUACAUUUUCGUGUUUUUGAGUGUGUACAGUGUGCAAUGUAAGCAAUCUCUCAGAAACGUGCAGGCCACUCACAGACACACGAUCAAACUAGGGUUCUGCAGUUACAUCUCAAAUUAUAAGAGGAUUCAAGAUGCAAAAUGUUGGGGAAGGCAGGUUGUGUCUUUUGGGUGUUUGUGUCCAUCAACCAUAGAGUGGAAGAAGUGGUCUCCGCAACGAGUCUCUUCUGCACUCGUGCUGUCCAGUUCAUCUACGGCUGACGCCAUAUACUCAUGGAAAAUAAAGACUCAUAUGUGAAACCCUG